AUGCGUAAAAUGGUCACGAAUACUGCCUGGAUGAAUUCUGGAAAUUUCAAUUUUGAUAUUGCUAUUGUACUCAUGAAUAAUAAUGAGAAAGGUCAACAUAUUCAAGAUGUUACUGGUGGUCUUGGUAUCACUCUCGAUUCACCACAACAAGCAAAAGCAACCUCAUUUGGCUAUCCGAAGAAUAUUAACAAUGGUGAAAUAGUCAGCAAUUGCGCUGGUACACAUUUGAGUCCAACAAAUGUAGCUGGUUUCACUGGAUUACGAUUAGCAUGUACUAUGACAGGCGGUUCGUCAGGUGGUCCAUAG